AUCGCAGACAUUGGCAGCUAAUGGCAGGCUGUUGUCUGUAGGCGUGUGGUUGCUGUGCGGAAAAAAACCCCACAAAAACAAGCGGAUAUACAGCAUGUUAGAAUUGCAGAAUGGAAGGACUCAACAAAGCUGAAGAUUUUGACGACUUUUUCGAUACACCUGGUCGUUCUAUUCAUGAUGGUGGACUCUCGGAUGAUAGCCAGACAGGUAUCCACACAGCUACCUACUCAAAGCACGAUCGGCAUCAGAGGAAAAGUGUGUCAUCAGAAACAGAUGGGAGUGCUUCCGAAUCAUUAACAGAAAACGCAAAGAAAAAGAGAAACCGAAGUCCUCAUGAAAGUGAUUUAUCGAGGAGCGAAGGUGGAUCGGCAACAAGCACAAGCAGUCGAUCUUCCAGAAGGUUUCGCAGUGAAAGAAGAGAGUCAAAUCAAUCGAGAAAGAAAGACGUUCGUCGUCCAGCAGUAGAAGCACAUCACCGAGAGACAGCCUUUCUGGUCGACGGUCUCGCAGAGAAAGAAAAGAUUCAAAUAAAUCAAAAGCAGAAAAAAACAAACUCGAAUACCCCAAUUCUAGGGGUGAAAACUUAUCAUCUGGAGAUAGUCGAUCCGGUAAGAAUGUCCGUAUAGAAAGACGCGAUUCGAAAUCCAACGCAGAAGAGAAACUCGGAUCUUUGGACUCACAUUGGAGGGAAAGUCUUUCAUCUACUUGUUCCAGAGACAGUCGAUCUGGCAAAAAUUCUCUCAGAGAAAAUAAGAGAUCCUGUUUAGAAAAACCUACAUCUUCCACUCAUGCUGGUAAAUAUGUGAACAAGCCUAAGAAACGAAGCGAGAGCUCUAGUUCAGUAACAUCCAGCAGCUGUUCUGAUGAUUCAGACAAUUCAGAUCGAGAACAAUGUUUCAUCACAAACAAAGUGGCAGAAGUGAAACAGCAGGCUUGGGUUAAGGAUAGUGGGGAUAGCAGUGCUCACAGGUAUUCAAUUGAAAGACCUAAAACCGCAAAAAGAAUGUGUGACUCGGACAGUGAUAUGACUGAUGUAUCACCAAUAUCAUCUCCUCGAGAUGGUUUUUUGAAUGGACAUGGAGAAAAUACAUCACACAGCAGAAGCCAUGAACCUAAAUCAGUUCACUUUAAAAAAUACAAACCUGUUUCUUUGAAUGAGGAAACUACAGCACACAGAGAUUAUGCAGACAAUGGUAACGCUAUUGAUUUGAACAUUCUUAUGAAAGCUGUAUCAGAAAUUGAGAAAGAGAAACGCGUAAAAGCUCAGACACGUAGAGUAAUGUUUGAACCAGUUCAAGCAAAAUCCUGUGGAAAAACCAACUACACAUUCAGCUGUGAUGACACUGACAGAAUUGAGAAAGAAAAUAAGAGGCUUUUGCAAGAGAUCCUGAAAUGCAUGCAUUCAAAUUCAGAGAAAAGGCAACAAAAAGUGGCAGACCCUUCAAUCAAGCGGUCAACUCUGACAGCAUCAGCUAUAAACAGGCGGCGAGACCAGAAGAGAAUAGAAAAUGAAAAUUUGGCCUUUUUAAAGCGACUCCAAAGUGUCAGACCAAGCAAAGGCAUAUCUAGACAAGAGCAGCUUCAUGCUUACAACAGCACAGUUCUGCAUGGUGUUCCCAUAUCUGCUCUGCAUCCAGCACCAUCUUACAGGACUCUGCACAGUGAUCGCUCUUCUAACUUCAGCAUGGCAGACAGCCUGGAUCAUCGUACUUACAGUCAAAAUAGUCUGCGAAGUACUGCAUCAUUAUCAGUAAGUUCAGCUUCAUCACACCAGAGCAGCAGGGCUGGCAGUCGACCCACUAGUGCAAAGAUGGCAGAACGACCUCCUUGGAAUGACAGAUGGUAAUAUGGUACUCAAGCCUCAACAUAAAACAAAGCAAAACACAAAAGAAAUUCCUGGAUAUUAGUGUGCUAUGGUUUGCAGCAGUGAAUAGCCCUGUCUUGAGUUGUGUCAGUAUUGCUUUUUUUUAAAAAAUAAAUCUUUUAGACAGUCUACUUAUAUUUCAAGCAGACUUAGUACUAUAUGACAUGGAUUGUGAAAAUAAACUCUAGAAAGGAGGCAGAUUUUGACUGUCUUGCAAUUUAUGUGUAUCGCAACUCCCAUAUAAACAUGGCUCUUAUCAUAUUUUUAUCUAAAAGAGUUGAAAGACAAACUUUACAAAUUUGUUACUUUGCUACACAUUUUUUUCCAACUUACCAGUUUGGAGAUAUGCUUAACAUGGGCAACUGUUUUUAUUUUCUUUGUCACAUUUUCAUUUUCUCAAAAUUGUGAAUGUUAUAUAAUCAUAUUUCCUUCUCCAUUUACUCUGGCUUUAGAGAUUGUUAAUGGCACAUCGUAUUUGGUAAAAAAAAAAUUGAUUGCUGUACAAUUCUUUUGAUUAUUAACUUUAAUGCCCAUGUUCUUUUACUGGCUUUCAGAUCGUUCUUGCUGUUCUGUAAUCAAUUUCAGUGUUUUCAGCAUAAAUUAUUGUAACUGGUUGUUAAGCCCUUAGAAUUACGAAUCUGCAUCAUGUCAUCUAGUACUUUGCUAUUAUUUUUACUAACUGAAGGAUCUCCUGACUUUGUCAGAAUAGAGCAGAAUGAAACAGGCUAGUAUCUAGAAUUUCGGUGAUGUGAAGGUUUUCAUUCAUACUUUGGAGUUUUCAGAAUAUUCUGGCAUGUGCCUUAAUCCUUUUUUUUUUUUUUUUUUUUUUUUAAAAAGAAAGGAGGUAUAGAUGUAUUUAAAAAAAAAGACAAUUGUGCAUCUGUUGAUGUAUAAGGUCUGCGCUUGUUUGAAUUAAGAAAAUCUCACUUUGUUGAUGCAAAAGGAUAUUUUUAUAUACUGUAAUUCUGUCUCAAAGUUGCAUUAUUGCUCUUUCAUACUUUCAUGUGAAUGAGGUUUUAUUUCUGUAAUGCACUGUUAUUAAGAAAAGCAAAUGUUCUUUGAUAUACUG